GGGGGGCUCUGCCCAUUCCCUCUCGGCGCCGCUCGCCCGCCGAGCGCAGCCGCCGCGGCGGGGUCCGCCCGACGGUCCGCACCAUGGGCAGCCAGGGCUCCAAGGCGGCCAAGGCGGAGGCCGGCGCUCCGCCAGCCGGCCACGCCGCCGCCGCCACCGAGCCCGGUAAAGCCAACGGGCAGGAAAACGGCCAUUUGAGGUUCAACGGGGACAUGACGCCCAAGGCGGUGGGCGAAGGGGCGCCCGUGAACGGCAACGGCUCGGCCGAGCCCCUCCAGGAGGAGAGCAAGGGGGAGGCGGGCGGCGGGGACGCCAUCGAGCCCGCUCCCCCCGCCGAAGGAGGGGACGCCAAACCCGAAGGUGCCGCGGCCCCCAAGGACACCCCCAAGAAGAAGAAGAAGUUCUCGUUCAAGAAAUCCUUCAAGCUGAGCGGGAUCUCGUUUCGCAAGAACAAGAAGGAAGCCGGGGACUCCUCUGGGUCCUCUCCGACGGAGGAGCAGGGGAAGGCGGAGGAGAACCCCCCGUGCUCGGCCGGGGGCACGGAGCCGUCGGCGCCCCCCGAGGAGGGGAGGGCGGAGGAGCAGGGCAGCCCCGGGGACGGGCAGCAGCAGGGAGCCGAGGCCAAGGAUGGAGGAGCCGGGGGACGCGAGGAGGAGGAGGAGAAGCAGCAGCCGGCGGGGGAAAGCCACGGGGACACGGCCAAACCGGAGGAGCCCUCGAAACCCGCGGGGCCUGAGCCUACGACGGCCCCGGAGCAGAAGGAAGAGUAGAACCCGCUUGGCAUCGUCCCGGUUUAAGACUCUCACGCCAUCCUCUCCAUCCCGGUAACACCACGGACUCGCCGCCGUGCCCCCGCACCUCCCCGUCCCACCCCGGACUGACAACGCUCUCUAAGACACCCCCCCCCCCCCUCCUCCCGGUAUUUCUUCCCCCCCUCCCCUGUUAGAAAGCCGGUUUGGAUUCCCACCGCUGCCACCACAACUCGGAGCAGUUUUACCUUGAAUCCUUUAAAACUGGGGAGGAAGACUAUCCUGGACGUAACUGGAAUUUACAGUUUGUAAGAAGCCAGCUCCCCCGUCCCGCUCUGGUCUCUCUGCUGGUCUCCGGACUGUCCCCUCUCCCCCCGGCAGCGCCCGAAGCCCAGCAAACCACUGACUGUUCGAUGGAUUCUUUUUUUUUUUUUUUCUCAGUUUACAUUCCUGGUUCUGACUUCAUUUAGAGUAUUUUGUGCUUUUUAUAGAAAUCGAUGGUUUAAAAGCUAAUCUGGUUAGUUUUUUACAAUGUCUUACUAUUGGCUUAAAACCAUAAAGCUUGUAA